AUGACGGGAGGGGAGCAAGUUGCGAGCCUUCUGAAGGCCUUGUCGAACAUUCCCAACCUUCUCGCGGGCCUUUCCGAACAAUCGCAGCAGCGACCAGUCUCCAAGCCUCGUACUCGGAAAGGCCCUCGGCGGCGCGAUGAACCCGGCCAAUGGCGUCGGGCCAUUCGGCGCCAUUUCGAUGCCUACCAGGGGGACUCUGUAGGAGCUAUGGAGAUCUCCCAUGGGAUCUUCCAAGUCCCUGGGAGAGAUAUCUGGCAGUCGGGAAUCGAUGAAGUCGACGUUGAUCUCAACAACGUCGACGAGAUGAAGAGAUGA